GAAUGUCUAGUGAACUUAGAAGAAUUUCGUCUUAUGUGCCAUUAGAUAAUUACUACAAGUCUUUUAUAUAUAUUACAGGAUUUAAUUACACAAAUAAUAAAUAUACUCUUGAGAUCAGUAAUAAUAUUAUUAAGGAUUGGUGUUAUAGAAAUGAAACACUGAUGGAAUGUUUUUAUGAAUUGGGAUUAUUUGGUAGAUGGCACUGGGUGGAUGACAUAACCACUCUUUUGUAUUUUGAAAAAAAUAAGCAAAUGGAAGAUGCAAAAUCUUUGCUUGAGUGUAAGUAUCCAG